AUGGCCGCGAUAAUCGUUAGACGAAACGUAUAUCUGUUGCCCAUCAGACCUUUUUUCUCAUUACAGCAGGGUAUUUACCAUAAAUGUGUUGAAGCUGGAGAUACUAAACCUCAACCACUUACUGAAGAUGAUUAUUUAGUCUUUAAACCCGGUGAAGUUGAUGUUUCAAAAUGGAAAAAAGUGGAUGCAAGAUCAUUGGGGUUGGCUCGAGGAAUGUUACCGCAGUCACCAUACUCCGUUUUGCAGAUUCUUCGAACCAAAGGGUUUGAAGCCUACUUAGUCGGUGGAUGUGUGAGAGAUUUGCUUCUUAAUAGACCACCUAAAGAUUUUGAUAUCAUCACCACUGCCGAUCUUAAUCAGAUCAGGAAGCAGUUUCAUCGAUGUGAAGUUGUUGGGUCCCGAUUUCCUGUAUGUAAAGUCUUUAUAAAAGGCUCCGUUGUUGAGGUAUCUAGUUUUGAUACACUGGGCAAGGGUGCAGAAGGAAAAGAGAAGUUUCUUGUCUCUCAAAUGCCUAAAGUCCGUGAUAAACUAGAUCUUAUUCGCUGGAAGAACUCGAUGCAUCGAGAUUUCACUAUCAACAGCUUGUUCUAUGACCCAUUUCUUCACAAAAUAUAUGAUUACAAUGAUGGAAUGAAGGAUCUGUUGGAACUAAAGUUACGGACGUUAGUACCUGCCCAACUGUCAUUCACAGAGGACUCUGCAAGAAUACUUCGCGGCUUGAGAAUUGCCGCUCGUCUUGGCUUAUCGUUGUCAAAGGAAAUCAAGAGUGCAAUUCUUAAACAAACAUCAUCGGUCGCAAGAUUAGGACAGUUCAGGACCAUGAUGGAGUUAAAUUAUAUGCUAUCAUUUGGGGCUGCUGAAUCUUCAUUGUCAUUGCUUCAUAAAUAUCAUCUUCUCGAGAUUCUACUACCAGUUCAGGCGUUAUACAUUUCUCAAAAAGCCACCAGGUCUGGGCAAAGUUCCAUGAUGCUAAUGGAACUGCUCUCUCAUUUGGAUAAGUUGGUCACUUGUGACCGUCCUUCUGAAAGUAGCUUAUGGAUUGCACUUUUGGGCUUUCAUUUGGCGCUAGUGAACAAUCCCCAACAUCCUUUUGUUAUCUUGACUUUUGCUUCUGUUUUGUAUCAUCAGAACUGGCAGGAGGGACUCAUGUUUGCAAGAGAAUAUGGUGGGCCAUUAGUCAAGUUUGAGCCUGAAACUGUGGAGACGUGUAAAACCAUUUCAGAUGAUGAGGUUGCUGAAAAAGUAAAUCAAUUAGCAAUGCUUGCUGUGGAUGCAAUUGACAUUAUGGUCGAGACAGAUAGCCUGCACAAAACAAUGGCAAAGUAUCCUGGUUUUUUCUGCCCUGGUUUGAUAUUUAUACCUCAUAAGCUGGGGCGUCACGGUAAACAACUUUUUCACAUCCUUGUUCACAAGGUGGAAGCCUACAGGAAGGGUAGAUGUUCUUUUGAGAUAAAUUAUGACCUACUCAAAAAGGGGGAUUCCAUAGAGACUAGGUUUGCCCUGGGGAAGGUCAUUUUGAAUACUAUGGGCUGUAGUGUUGAUUGUUACAGUGGUCACAAUGAGGAGAACAACCAUGCUACUUGUAGUGCCAAAAAUGAACUUGUUAUGAACGAAAUGGAGAAAAGAAUACCACCACCCGGACCACCUAAGUUGAAUCUGCAAUUAGGCAGUGCCCCCGUGAAGGAAAAGUUGAUUACAAAACUCAGCAACAUUAUGCGUCAAAGUGGCGAGCAAAGUGAAUAUCAAAAUGAGCAAGAUUACCACCACGAAAAGCUAUCGAAAAAGCAUAUGGAAGUAGUUGGCGUUUCUUCUGAUCCAAAAAAUGAGGAUUGUAAGACGAAUCAGCUCGAAAUUGGCAUGUCUGAAUCAACUACGCAGGAACUUAUUAGCAUCCUAGAGACUGUUACAGAUAAUGAAAAGUCUCCGCCCCAGUUAGAAGGUCAAAACCUUGAAGAGAAACUUGAGGAUGAUCAAGGAAUAGAAUUAAAUGAGUCAAUAGCUGAGUAUCAUAGGGGAACAGAAAUGUGGGCCAUUCAAAAUAAUUGCAGAAGGGCAAUUGAAGAAGCAAGAGAUUCAAUUGAUGAACUUAGUAAACUUAAUUUGUUUCUUAUUAGCUUUGUGGAGGAACAAAUGCAAAGAAAGACAGGGAAGCAUUCAGAAACAUGUAGCUUGGAAUCCUUUCCGAUCGUUUCAGUACCCAAGACUACUAAAUCUAAGAGAAUCACAGUGGCGAAGAUAUCAAAAUCUGAUAUAAAUUCGAUUAUGAAUGGCGGAAUGAAGAAGCAAAGGGCUUGUUCGUAUUGUAAGGAAGUAGGCCACAACAAAAUUGGAUGUCCUAAAAGAAAGAUGGAGGAAGCAUCUUGUAGGAUUGACACAGAAUCAACAUGAAGUACUCGAGUUAUGCUGGUUUGCUCAAGUUUUUUGACUUCUCAGUAUACGCUGUCUAUUGUGAUGAGAUUUUAAUUAUUCAAGAAUACUUUGCAUGUUAGCAUCUGGCCUUCUGUCCACCACAAGACAACCAGGGAAGAUACUUUUUUUUGGAGGAACGAAGAGUUCUUCAGUCUGGGGUGCUGUUUCUUACACUGACGGACUUUUAAACACUUUUGAUAGAAGAAUAGAAGACUAUUUUAAGCAUUUUGAACAAAAGAUGUUCUAAAACUACUUAUUCUUGCAAAGUACAUAAUUGUUUAGCGGUUUAGUAAAGAUCGAUAACUAGUACGUAACGAAAUAGUGGGAAUUUUCUGGGGUACUAACUGGCCA